AUGCACAAAGAAGUCAAGGCCAAACGCACUCGACGGAGUGAGCGCUACCGUAAGCGCCCCCACCACGAACAUAAAGUAAACUUCUCGGCCGGCAACUACGUGCUACGCCCACGUGUCGACGAGAAGCUACACGCUAACAAUCUUAAAGUCAUGUGGGUUGAGCCAUAUCGCAUAAUGGCUAGCGCUAAUUACUUUUUACUGUGA